GUUGUGUGCAGGAAUGGGCUGCUGGUGAUCCGUGAUGACCCAGAAGGUUUGGAAUUCCCCUGGGGACCUAAGCCUUUCAGGGAAGUCAUUGCAGGGCCCUUGCUUAGAAAUAACGGGCAGUCCCUGGAGAGCAGCAGCCUGGAGGGGUCUCACGUGGGCGUCUAUUUCUCCGCACACUGGUGUCCCCCUUGCCGAAGCCUCACCCGGGUCCUGGUGGAAUCCUACCGGAAGAUCAAGGAGGCAGGCCAGAAAUUCGAGAUCAUCUUUGUUAGCGCAGACAGGUCAGAGGACUCCUUCAAACAGUACUUCAGUGAGAUGCCCUGGCUCGCUGUCCCCUACACCGACGAGGCCCGGCGGUCACGCCUCAACCGGCUGUAUGGGAUCCAAGGUAGGCAUUCCCACACCACGGCGCUUCUUGGAAACCUGCUCAUCCGGGCUCACCACGUCUUUGGCUUUCCUUUCAGAGGGAAAAGAACCUUUUUAUUUCCAUGAAUGUUCACUUGCUUUACCAUCUUCAAAAUGACAUGUGGUGAAUUUUAUAUUACGUGGGUUAUACUGUUUUUUAAGCAAAGUAUUUUCCCAGGGGAGGCAGCUACUCCUCCCCCUCACCAGCUCCCCAGUGACUUGGCCAAAACCCCAUCCCGUGGGUUUUACUCUCAAACAGACCUGAGAGUAGUCUGGUUCCAUCACUCAGAUGCUUUGAGCCUCAGUUUCCUCAUCUGCGAAACGGGGGUGCUACAUCGCUGCCACAGGACUUGCUGGGAACACUGACAGGAGAAUGUAUAUAAAGCACUUCCCAUGAUUCCUGUAGCGUAAUGGUGAGGGCUGCGUGGGUAUUACUUUUAGGUGAGACAGUUGGUUUCCUGAGAGUGUAGCAAACGAGGACUUGGAGUAUUGAUCAUGUUUUUCAGAAACAACGAUCAUUCGUGAGGCAAACGGGGUUCUUGUUCUUUACUGUGUGAAUACCUCCAUCCAGCCUGCACACGGCCAGGUGUUUUCUUGGCAAAGCACUUAACUAGCCUGUGAAGAGUUAAACUCAUUCUCUUUGUAUCAGCAGUGCCAGAGCCUGGUCGACCCUCGGUGGGUACAGCGAAUGUUUGCGUUCUCAGUGCCCCUUGUGUUACAUGGGGAAUGGGAAAAAAUUAAGAUGUUCCUCCAAAUCCCACAGCUUAUGGGGGAACUCAUCUGAUCCUUUCAUCUUUUUCUUCACCAUUUACAGUAAGCAUGUAUGACUUUGUUUGG